UUGGAGCUGUCGCACUCAUUCGAUCCAGGUCUGAAGACGUUCAUGCUGAGCAAAGUCGCUUCAAUACACCAAUCGAUAUCAACGAGAUAUUUCCACGCCUGAAGAUAGGUAGCCAACAAGUCUGACCACGCUCGUGGCUCCGAGAAUUCGACGAUCCGCGAAACCGUUUCGAGACCCUGGAGCGCCACUUUCCAAACCAGACUGCUAUCGAAAUAUCGCAUCGCCGAGGAAUACGAGCCCGAGGCAAGACUGUUCUUCGACCUGAAGGAGGUGGUCAGGAUAUCACAAUCGUCUUUCAGGCGAAGCGCCUGGAGGCGCAUAUCACAACAUGAGCGACUUGGACAGGGCGAUCGAGCAAUUGCGGUCAUGUCGUCCGAUACCAGAAGUUCAGGUGCGGGAACUGUGCUAUAAGGCGAGGGAGCUGCUUCUUGAGGAAGGCAAUGUGGUCAUGGUAGAUGCGCCGGUGACGAUAUGCGGCGAUAUCCACGGACAGUUUCACGAUCUCAUGGAGCUUUUCAAGGUCGGAGGCGAUGUUCCUGAGACAAAUUACCUAUUCAUGGGCGAUUUCGUCGAUCGAGGAUUUUACUCCCUCGAGUCUUUCCUUCUUCUCUUGUGUCUCAAGGUGCGGUAUCCGGAUCGGAUAACGCUCAUUCGAGGCAAUCAUGAAUCUCGACAAAUUACGACAGUAUACGGCUUUUAUGAUGAAUGUCUACGGAAAUACGGCAGCGCGAAUGUCUGGCGAUAUUGCUGUGAGGUCUUUGACUACCUUGCUCUCGGCGCUCUGGUGGUCGGUGCUGCUAAACAGCUCAACCCAGUCGAUGCGCCGUUUGCAAAUCCCGAACAGCCACAUCCCUCAAUCGAAGAGACGGAAGUUGAAGUACUAGAUACACACAACAGGAUAUUGGCGCGGUAUUCGCGGAGUCGAUUGCAGAGUAGUCGCGAGGAUUCCCAGCCACCGUCAUCACCUUCGUCCGAGACUGACGCGGCAUCACCCCCACUUGGUGCACCUGGCACAGGUGCCACAUCCUCGAGCAAUGGCAGCACGACACAAAAUCCCGAUGGCGCCGUGUUCUGCGUGCACGGUGGGCUCAGUCCUCUUGUCGAUACACUCGACAAGAUCCGGGUUAUCGACCGGAAACAAGAAGUGCCCCACGAAGGCGCCAUGUGCGAUCUGCUCUGGUCAGAUCCGGACGACGUCAAGGGUUGGGGCAUGUCACCUCGCGGCGCUGGAUACCUCUUCGGAGCAGACGUGGUGAAAUCGUUCAAUUGGAAGAACGAUCUCUCGCUCGUCUGCCGUGCACAUCAGCUCGUCAUGGAGGGUUUCAAAGAAAUGUUUCACAGCACGAUCGUCACCGUUUGGUCUGCGCCCAACUAUUGCUACCGGUGUGGCAAUGUCGCAGCAAUUCUGGAGAUUGGCGAGAAUGGCGGGAAUGCCGGGUAUCAUCCUCGCGCACCGCUCGAUUUCAGUCGGCGCACUGAUCUCGUGGACGGCGAGGUGAGGCGUGUGACCUCUGACGGAUCGCUUGCGUUGAUGGAUCUGCUUCCCGGACCUGGACGACGAUAUCGGGUAUUCGAAGCUGCUCCGCAAGACUCGAGAGGUAUGCCGGCGAAGAAACCGGUAGCAGAUUACUUCUUAUAGAUCAUGGCCAUUCAUAUUACCUUUGAAAUGCUGGUCGCAGUCAGG